AUGCUAAAAAUAGUCUUUCCUAUAAUAAUACUCCUACCAAUAACAUGAUUAUCCAAAAACAAUUUAAUCUGAAUUAACUUGACCACCCACAGCUUAAUUAUUAGCCUCAUCCCCAUUCUAUUCUUCCACCAAACUAAUAAUAACCUUAUUAGCUAUUCAACUUAUUUAUCUUCCGACCCAUUAACAACGCCCCUUCUAACACUGACCGCCUGACUCUUGCCCCUUAUAAUUAUAGCAAGCCAAUAUCACCUACACAAUGAAAGUCCUUUACGAAAAAAGCUUUACCUAUCCAUAAUAAUUUCUCUACAGAUCUCCCUAAUCAUAACCUUCAUGGCUACAGAACUAAUCUUAUUCUACAUCCUAUUUGAAACCACCCUCAUUCCCACCCUAAUUAUUAUUACCCGAUGGGGAAAUCAAGCAGAACGCCUCAACGCAAGCACAUAUUUCCUAUUUUACACCUUGGCCGGCUCUCUCCCUCUACUAAUUAUAUUGUUAUUUGUACAUAACAACUUAGGCUCAUUAAAUAUUCCACUACUAACUCUCACAGCCCAAAAACUAACAGCCACCUGAUCCCAUAAUCUGACUUGACUAGCAUGCAUGAUAGCUUUUAUAGUAAAAAUACCCCUAUAUGGUCUACACUUAUGACUUCCCAAAGCCCACGUUGAAGCUCCCAUCGCUGGAUCAAUAGUUCUUGCCGCAGUGCUUUUAAAACUAGGCGGCUAUGGUAUAAUACGACUCACCCCAAUCCUCAACCCACUAACAGAAUAUAUAGCAUAUCCCUUCCUCAUAUUAUCCCUAUGAGGCAUGAUCAUAACAAGCUCAACCUGCCUCCGACAAACAGACCUAAAAUCACUUAUUGCAUAUUCCUCUGUAAGUCACAUAGCUCUAGUAAUCAUAGCUUCUCUUAUUCAAACCCCCUGAAGCUUUACUGGCGCUAUUGUCCUUAUAAUUGCCCAUGGACUCACCUCAUCUAUACUAUUCUGUCUAGCAAAUUCAAAUUACGAACGAACCCACAGCCGCAUUAUAUUACUCUCUCGAGGACUCCAAACACUACUCCCACUAAUAGCCUUCUGAUGAUUUGCAGCAAAUCUUACCAAUCUAGCCCUACCACCCACUAUUAAUCUAAUUGGGGAGUUAAUAGUGAUAAUAACUUCAUUUUCUUGAUCACAUGUUACCAUCAUAUUCACAGGACUAAAUAUACUAAUCACCGCCCUUUAUUCUCUAUAUAUACUCAUUACAACACAACGAGGAACACUCACCUCCCACAUUAUUAAUAUAAAACCCUCCUUCACGCGAGAAAAUAUGCUAAUAUUUAUACAUUUAUCCCCUAUUAUUCUCCUGUCUCUCAAUCCUAGCAUUAUUAUAGGCUUUACCACUU